AUGAUGAGAGCAGUCGACAUCAGUGACCAACCGCUGCUGUCAGAAAUCGCGUUAAUCAUUCAGAGGCACGUAAGAAACCAAAUAAAGAUUCGCAGACCUCAACAGGCGGACGCUGUUUUUGACCAAACAGGGGCGGGACCCCCUCCCCCCGGCGGGCUUUGGUGCCCCAGGGCGGGUCCGCCCCCGCCCCCGCCCGCAGGAGAACAUUACGUGUGGCCCGAGGGUGAGCUCGUUCCCUGCCGGCCUCGCCCUCGGACCCCGGGGAGAGGACGGAAUUACGCUCCCCUUCCCCCAGUCCUCGGGAGGGCUCGCGGCCCAGAUUUCAGGUCUCCUGUCCCAGGGGCUUGGGCGGGACAAGCGCCGGGGCACAGCUCCGGAUCCGCCGGGCGGGGAAGGGCCGCGGGAGUCACCCUCCGCAUCCCAGCGCCCCACCACCAGGCACACCCGGUGAACCCGAAGGGCCGCCGGCGCCUCUGCGGAGGGCGCGGGGAGUCGGGGCCCCAAGUGGCCGCCGGCGAUUGGUCACUGCCCUUCGCGGGGCGGGGCCACGGCUCCGGCUCCGCCCACGGACGCCUUACGAGCCUGCGGGCCGGCGGCGGGGCUGCGAGGCCGCCCCCUGCUCCUCGCAGAAGCCUUCAAAUUUCUGGGGCCGGCGGGGCGCGCCACCUUGGGCGCUGUGAAGCUGUGGGAAGGCGGAGACUCAGGCGGCUGCCACUAAGGAGCGAAAAGCGAAGGCAGGAGCCGCCGCCCCCGGGUAAGCUCCGAGGAGGCUGCGACGGGCAGGCUGGGACGACGCCUUCCUUGGCCCAGCCCCUCGCCCCCAAGCCCAGUCCAGCCUUGCUUGUACCCCAGCGCCCCCAGCCCAGCCUUGCCUUGCACCCCAGCGCCUCCAACGCAGCCUUGCCUUGCAGCCCCCUCGCCCGAGCCCAGUCCAGCCUUGCCUUGUACCCCAGCGCCCCCAGACCAGCUCUGCCUUGCACUUUCGCCCCCACUCAGGCUUGCAGCCCCUACCCCCUCACUCCCAGGUCAGUCUGGACAACCAUGCUUCUAACAUUCCCUUUGGAAGUCCUGAGACUUUCCUACCUCCAUCCCCCGCCCCACUCCAGCCACCUCAACUUUUAA